AUGGCCCAGGCGACUUGGAAGGCUCUGAACAUCGACUACGAGGUCGAGACCGACGAGGAAGUCAUCGACGACACCAAGGAGAUUCAGGUUGAGGAAGCUCUCAAGCUAUACCAAACAGCCCUCAAGCUCCACUCCGAAGGCCCGAGAUCCUACCUACAAGCCGCCGUUGCCUACCGAGACCUCUUCAAGUCUGAGAUAUUCCGCUAUCCCGAAUCCUUGUCGGAAUUUGCGAGGCUCCAGCUGUAUGGGGACGCUCUGGAGUACGACAGCCUUGUGCUGGACGAGCCCGAAGCGGGCCCAGUACAGCUGCCCGGCGCCCCGAACGAUGCGCCGAAUACGCUAGCACAGCUGCUCCAUCUAUCCUACAAAAACCACGGGGAAUUUUUGUUGGAUUUGCUGGAGUGGCAGCUGAGGGAACACUUUGACUUUCAACAGGAAAUGAGGGAACUCUCUGGCUCUGAACACGAACUGAUCGAGAUUAUCACUCCGAAGCAAAUUGCAGCCGUCUCACACACACCACUGCGCUACUUCUCAAAGGCCCUAGACAAAGACGACGUUGAUUUGGAUCUCUGGAGGAGAACAUCAAGAGUGGCCCGCUUCGUCGGCAGCAAGCGCAUGGCAAGAUAUUGUCUCGAAGCAGUACUCGAUGGAGAUGAUGAGGCAGUGGAUAGCAUACUUCGUCUUCCUGGCUUGGAGCAGGGUAUAGCCGCGCAAGAACUGCGGGAGCUCGUGGAAGGGCUUCGCGACGAUGUGUCCUGUUUGCAAGCGCCCCUCUCGAACUUGAAACGCCAGAAGUUGGGCAUGAAGGUCAAGAAGAGCUUGGAAAUCUACCCAUCGAUCCCGCUUCCAUCUGAAGGAUCGGAAGAAGCCAUUGCGCAGCGCGUCCUUGCCCAGCAACCCACACGGCUCGUGUUGACCCCAUCAAAACCUGACUGGACGUCUGUUGGUGAGGCCAUCUUGCAGCAGUACUUUGCCGAACAGGGAGGAUUUAUGAAAGGUGUCGGUCCUUCACCAGGCAUAACCAUAGAGCUGCCGCAACUCCUAUCGAACCAGGACCAGCAUGCUCCAACCCCUGAGUCCAACCGGCCCAAAACGCACGUGACACAGCCAAUUCCCCUUAAGACCACCGGCGAGGUAUCAGAGGAAGGCGAGCCUCGAGACAGGUCUGUGCCGACCGCAAUCGAAGACAUGCAAACGAAGGAAGGCGGCCUCGACGGGCCACUGCCGGAGCCCUCUGCCGGAGCUGAAACUCAACCUGAACACGCCGUUACGCAACUGCGAAAGCGAUCUACAGAGUCCGCUGGCCUUCCUGAAACGGCUGAUGGAGGUCGUGUCAGAAGCAAGCGCAUUCGCGCACGCGAGUCUAUAGUAGAUGCAUCCAGUGCAGUGGACGGGCUUGCUCCCGACCAUACGAAGCAGCGGGAGGCUCAGUUGGCCGGCUUCGAACACGCUGACCAUUGGCUUUUCGUGAUGAUUGAUGGGUUACUGAGCAAGCUUGGUGUGAACACUUUUGGCACGUCAGAGUCUUUGCGCGACACAAUCAACGACGCCAGUGAUGGCACGGCGGAUUCUCCUUCUGGGCUACGCACUGCGAUCAAAGACUUAUUCGACUUCCUGCAGCAGUGCCCACCGCAGGCUGCGGCAACACUUCUUCAUGGGGAGGGUAUUGACGCAUUAGCAGGCAUAUCUCGUGAGGCCAGAUUGAGUGCUUUUGUCAGCGAUGCUAAGUCAGGAAGUUCACGCCUGCCAAGUAGCCUUUCGCUGUCUGAACAAGGCAUAACGGAGCUGGUCUCUCAGAUCAACGAUGAAUGGAUGACCACCAAGGAAGUUGCAUGGACUUGGGUCGAACGUCUCCUGCGGCGAGGCGCCUUCUCUACGUACGACGGCCUUUCAAAUACUCUAGGCUCUAGCUACCUGAUGCAUCGAUGGUCCGAAGACUUGAAACGGAUAGUCGUACAGAUUGUCGUUAACUUAGACGAGUACAUCUUUCAGCGGGUGUCCGACGAUCUAACAAGGCUUGGCCCGGCCGCUGUACACACCAAAGAUCGAUAUCAGCCGCAAGAGUUCCGCAACGAGUUGAGUACGCUCAUCGACAUGGCACAAACUCUCUUUGAGCUUCAUCUCGACGUCUACUCCCUGAUCAAACAUCCUGGCAGUGGAGUAGAUGCCGUCACACAAAUGCUACAGAAAGACCGAUUGGAGCGAUGGGCUGCUCUGGCACGGGACGCCAUCAACAUCAUUGCAGCCGCAGUAUUGGGAAGAGAUUCUGAAGAACUUUGCCUCAGACAUAUAUGGGCAUCAGCGUUUCAUAUUGGCGUAUGCGACGACGUCCCUCAGCAGCACAUUGUUCGGUUCAUGGGAGAACUGAAAGCCAUGAUUCAGUCUUGGGAAGAGCAACAUCUUGGAGUUGAUGGAAAGCAGUCUAUACAGCUGCAAAACAACGCAGUCAUGCCUGAACUGUCUGUUGCGGCCGUAGACCAAGAGCUCGCCGCAAUCAACAUGAGAGACUUCUUCCUCAAGGUCUUCGAUCAUGAUGAGAAAGAUCCGGUAGCCGUCAUCGAGAACUUGGAACCACUCCUUGAGACCCCAAGUGCUAUGGACGCUCCGGACAUCUUGGACAUCGACGAAAACUGUCGAGGCGCUGACGAAGCUUCCGACUCCGCCAUAUCGAUUGUUGAUCGAGCUAGCAAUGCUCCCUCGCACGCUCGCCCAACCGCUCGACCUACUCCUCUCCAUGAGAUGACCAAGUUCGUCCAAAAUGCCAGCGUGUCCCUUCGGCUGUCAAUGUGGUACCGACUUGGCCAGGCUUACGAGGCGAUUGACUAUCUGCCCAAAGUUGUCUCUUGCAGUUUGAGAAGUAUUGAGAUCCUCAUGGCGGAAGCCGUGAGCCCCUCGUAUCAGAACACUCCGUCUGAGCAGCGCGUCUUCAUGCUCCUGAGAUGGUUCAGGUUCAUUGACCAACUCAUCUAUCGAGCACUCACCAUUGCGAGAACUAACAAGACUGCCUUCGAGUGUCUGGACGAUGAACACGUGCGCUCGUCGCUUGGCGCAUUGGCGGCUUUCCUCAGAGUUGUCCACACUCUAAACAUCUACGAAGACUAUGUACGAGUUGGUCAACUUCCAUUGCCAGCUUUCGAAGGUCGCCAGAGCACAGUCUUUCCAGUGAUCGUCAGCAAGCUCCACGACGUACAGAUUCGAACUUGGGAACUACAGUAUCUGUUGUUGAAAGACGGCAUGAAACAGAAUCCAGAGAGCUUCACCAGUCCUGUGAUCGACCAGAUCGAGUAUCUACGCCAUGUGCACCAUGCUGUGGGGAUUAGGGGCUUCCUACAAGCAUCAAAUCGGUCGUUUCUCAGACUGUUGAAGGAGGAGAUUCUCCAUAUAGCCGAUAAAUCGGCUGCUGACCUCCGGGAUGCGGAAUUGUCUCAGCUGUUGUACGAUAUGUAUGGCUUGAAGUGUCACAUGAACACCUAUGACUGUAUGGAGUAUGGAUGCCCGCCGGAAGCACUGGACAAGAAGACGGCCUUGCAACUGCUAGAUUUUAUCAUGGCACAAGCUCGAAAAAUCGGCAUGAAAGAUCUCCCCAAGUCGGAGCUCAAGGACGCCAUUAUAAAAGUCCAUGGAGCCCUCGGGAAGCCCAAAGCCAAUGAAGGGUUGGCUAUGAACCGAUCCAUCUACGCCGCAUACUGGAAAUCCCCAAUCAAUCCCCUAGAUCUAUAUCGCGCUCUCGAAGGAAUGGGAUCACUGUCGACUAAACCCAUCUCGCUGCAGCAAGCCCCUGCGGCGUCCAAAGGCUGGUUCUUCCUUAUGGGUCUCAUCAAUCUACACAAAUUCCGGUCCCAGAAGCGCGUUAUUCCCGGACCUAUCGACGACCUGAACGUAGCUGCUGCCUUUUUUGCCCAAGAUCUCGAGUACAGCGAGGAGCGAUGGGAGACGUGGUACCGCUUAGCCCAGUGCCACGACUUGCAACUGGAAGACAUCACAGCCUGGACCGCUGAGAAGGUGAACAGCAACAAUCACGAGGUCAUCCAGUAUCAGCGGAGCGCCAUCCACUGCUACACAAUGGCUGUAGCAUGCGCUGUACGAGCUGCCGAAAUGGAUGCCGAUUUUGACGCCGACGGCAAGGUCGCCGAGCUGUACUCUGAUUUUGGUACCCGCAUGUAUGCCUCUUCCCGAGAACCAUUUUCGAUGCACGUGUUUGAGAUCAAGGAGUCGGAGAAGCGACACUAUAGCGGCGCGUCGAUGUAUCAAGGCGCACCUUUCAAGACGUUGGAUCAGUAUAGCGCGUGGAAGUUUGCGAGUGUGCUGUUCAGAAAGGCAAUCUUUAAGAAGCCGGACUAUUGGUGGAACCACUACAUGCUCGGCAAAUGUCUGUGGAAGAUGCACAGAGCUGAUCCUCAGCUUCGCGGCCGAAGCAGGCCUGUGGAUAGUCGUGCGGUAAUCGAAAGCUUCAAGCAAGCCAUCGAGACUGUUCCCGAGCGCAGAGACGGCCGGCGCGAGCCGAUUCUGGAGCCACACUACAAACUGGUCUCAAUCGUGCAUAAGAUAGUCGGCACGAGAGGCCUUACACUGGAACAUGCCGGCGAAGUCCUCCAGACGACGCAAUACGCGCGCAAGAUUGAACCGCCGACAGAGUUCGAGGACUGGGACGAAUACGUUCUUCAGCUGCUGAGAAGCCUCCGGAAUGCCGACAAGUCCGGCUGGCACCAUCGCAUGACCGUCAGAGCCGCCCACGUCAUCUACGACAGCUCCGGCAACGAUCCCAUGGCCGCCCACGCUGCAAAACACGAACUGACGCAGCAGGUCUUCACCAAAACCAUGGUGAUCCAAGUCUGGAAGCCCGAACACGAGCGGCCAGGCCGCCACUUCGUCUACACGACCCGCUACACGCGCUUCUUCCUCCAACUCCUCGUCCAGCUCGAUGACCGGCCUAACCUUGAGAUCCUCGCUAGGCGCGUCCGCAAGAAGCCGCACGAGUUCUUCGACCACUCAAAGCUGUGGCAAGAUGUCUGCGGCGCGUACACUCAGCUUCUCCGGCGCGCAGGCAAGGUCCCCCAGGGGAACGAGGAUAUCGUGUUCAAGUCCCUCAGUCACGACGAGUUCGUGCCGCGCGCCAGUAGACUGGAGGCGUGGGCCCAGAGCUCGGACACCAAGGAUCCGCUCCUUGACGUGCUGCGCGAUGCGCUCGAGCUCAAACGCCUCAACGCUAAGCUAAUGAAGGACACCCUCUUCGACGACCUCAUCGGGGACACCUACGCCACGCUUUACGAGACCGUCGGCGCACAACUCGAGCACCAGGCCGCAGCCACCAAUGCCCCUCCCAAUGGCGCAGGCACAGCAGCCCUUCCCACCACCGCGCCACCUCCUCAGCGCCCAGGCGCAAUGUCCCUUAUGCACCUCAUGAACGUCGACGGUCCAACCGAGACGCUUCCACCGCCUCGCCCCUCCAACAUCUCAGGCAACCCAUUCGCGCCCCAGCAGCCGGAACCAAGCACCACGACGGUGAAACCUCGCACCAAGACCGUCGGUCGCCGCGAACUGGCCCGCCGCGCCGAAGCGGCUGUCACGAAGACGGCGCCGCUGAAGGAGGCAAUGCCGCUAAGGCCUACGCCGGCGGAGCACCCGAAGGUCGUUAUUCCGGGGAGGCGGACGUCGAUGAAUGCCGGCAUGGCAGGGCACACGGAGCGGGCAGAAGGGGGAGGAGGCGCAGAUGCAGCUGGCGGUUUGGCGGGGCUUGUACCGCCGCUGCCGAACGCGGCGGACGUGAGCGCCCCGGGCAGUGUGCAUGAUAGCGCGGACGACGAGAGCGAGAGCGAGCUUAGUGAAUUGGAGGAGGAGGCUGUUGUCAGGCCCAUGUUUCCGGGGUUGGUGGCUGCGAGGGCCGCGGUGGAGGAGGCCGCGGACACGGAGGAAGAGGGCGAGGGCGAGGCGGAGGUGGAGCUGGACGAGGAGGGGAAUGAGGAUGGUGAAUCUGAUGCUGAGGCUUCGGAGAUGGGUGGGACGGACGAGGGGGGUGGUGCGGCUGUUAGGCAGGACAUGUAG